GAGCGCAUUGCCUCUUCCACGUCAGUGUGUUUACCAGGGCCAGAGUGACAGCUACUGCAGGGCUAUUCUGCUUUCUUUUUCUUAAGCGUGCGCCAUUUACUGAUGAUCGAAUAAAUUAGCGGUGCGUGGAAAAUCGAUGCCAAUUUCCCUUGGAAUGUCCCAAAUUUGUGGUUUGUCUAUAGGUUGCGGUGAAUUGAACUACAGUACUGGUCUUCUCCACUCACUGUUGGCCGGCCGGCUAGCUGCUAGCUUGCGCAGCUAGGUUGUCAGUAUCUUCCACGGAGCUGCCUCCAUCUUCCAAGUACAAGUCGCACACACAGAACUCAGCAUGGUGGACAAAAGAAUCUACAUUGUCCAGGGUGAAAUUACUGCUGUUGCCGGGGCUAUCAAGAGGAACUCCAGAUGGAACACCCACACUCCCUUGGAUGAAGAACAGGAUCCGUUGUUGAACAGCUUUGGCCACCUGAAGGAAGUACUCGGCCACAUGAAAGAACUGUCCGACGUUGAACCCAACGUAUUCCUACGACCGUUCCUGGAGGUGGUCCGCUCUGAAGAUACCACGGGACCAAUCACAGGCCUGGCCCUUACAUCUGUCAAUAAGUUCUUAUCCUACGGCUUAAUAGAUGCCGACCACGAAGGUGUAGCCGAGGCCAUCGAGAAUAUGGCCGAUGCGGUGACGCACGCCAGAUUUGUCGGAACGGACCCUGCCAGUGAUGAGGUGGUCCUUAUGAAAAUUCUACAGGUCUUAAGGACGCUGUUGCUGACCCCAGUUGGAGCUCACCUGACCAAUGAAUCCGUUUGCGAGAUCAUGCAGUCCUGCUUCCGAAUCUGCUUUGAGAUGCGCUUGAGCGAGCUCCUGAGAAAAUCGGCCGAACACACCCUUGUGGAUAUGGUGCAGCUACUGUUUAGCAGACUUCCCCAAUUUAAGGAGGAGGCCAAAACCUACGCCGGUGCCAGCAUGAAGAAGUUGAAGAUGCGUACAGGUGGGAUGAGUGAGUCUUCCAAAUGGAAAAAGCAGAAACGUUCACCAAAGGCCAUUCGCCACAUAGUGCCCAGCGCUUCUGGAGCCACGGACCCGGCCCAGUCUACCAACCUCGGCGGGAAUAGCAACUUGUCUGGCGCAGUCGUCUCAACGGAGCAAAGGUGUUCGCUGCCCGCCUCGGAGAGUGCCGGCUCAUCCAUCUCUAGUCCCACCGCCACAGACAGCGGCUUCGACUCGUGUUCCAAAACCACUUCUCGGGAAGACCUCUCUGACCUGGAUCAGUGUAGCUUGUUUGCAGCUACAGCUGGCAAUGCUAACCCACUUUUGGAGAGCGAUCCUGGCUCUGGCAAUUUGGCGCAGUCGGACGAUAGAGCGACUCAAUCGGCAUCGGUAGAGUCCAUCCCCGAAGUCCUGGAGGAAAAAGAACAGCCAAGUAGCACCUCUGUCCACGACAUGGACUACGUCAAUCCUCGAGGUGUCCGAUUCACACAGUCCACACAAAGAGAUGGCGCAUCCCUCAUCCCCUAUGGUCUGCCGUGUCUAAGGGAGCUCUUCCGCUUUCUAAUCUCCUUGACCAACCCUCACGACCGCCACAACACGGACGCAAUGAUGCACAUGGGCCUGCAACUGCUGAACGUAGCCCUGGAGUCGGCGCACUUUGUUAACUACCAGUCUUUGCUCGGACUCAUCAAAGAUGAGCUUUGCAGGCAUCUUUUCCAGCUGCUGAGCAUGGACCGUAUGAACCUCUACGCUUUGUCGUUACGAGUGUGCUUCUUGCUAUUUGAAAGCAUGAGAGUGCAUCUUAAAUUUCAACUGGAGAUGUAUCUUAAGAAACUGAUGGACAUCAUCACGUCAGAGAAUAUGAAGAUGCCGUAUGAGAUGAAGGAAAUGGCUUUGGAGGCAUUGGUCCAGCUGUGGCGGAUCCCCAGCUUUGUUACUGAGCUCUACAUCAACUAUGACUGCGACUUCUACUGCUCUAAUCUAUUUGAAGACCUGACCAAGCUGUUGUCAAAGAAUGCAUUCCCUGUAUCAGGGCAGCUCUACACCACUCACCUUCUGUCACUCGAAGCUCUACUCACUGUGAUUGACAGCACCGAGGCCCACUGCCAAGCCAAAGUGCCCGACAGCACCGCUCGGUCGGAAAAAGUGCCAGCGGAGGGAGAAAGUUUCAUGAAAACUGGAAUGGAUGCUACAGCUGAUCCUAUUCAAGAGGCCAGUACCAAUGGUUUUCCACUUGUGGCUGGUGGUCCAGGAGGCCCAGUGACCAGUGGAAAUCUGAUGGCAGAAAAGAUGAACCUGUGUAGACAGGAGCAAAGAGAGAGUGACGGGGAUGACAAGAAGAUCGUUCAAAAACCUCAGCGUUUCGCUUCCAAUUUACCCGACUCCCAAGAGUUGCUGGAAAUCAGAACAAAGAAAAAGCUUCUGAUAACCGGAACGGAACAAUUUAAUCUGAAACCCAAGAAGGGAAUUCAGUUCCUUCAGGAGAAAGGCCUUCUCAAUCAGCCAAUGGAUAACAACCAAGUGGCCCAGUGGCUACGAGAAAAUCCCAGAUUGGACAAAAAGAUGAUCGGGGAAUUUGUCAGCGAUCGCAAUAAUCUGGAGCUCCUCGACAGCUUUGUCAACACGUUCGCCUUCCAAGGGCUUCGUAUCGAUGAGGCCUUGAGGCUUUACCUGGAGGCUUUCAGGUUACCCGGCGAGGCUCCUGUCAUCCAAAGACUUCUGGAAACAUUUACAGACAACUGGCAUAAAGUCAACGGCUCUCCCUUCCUGACCAACGAUGCAGGAUUCGCCUUGGCCUACGCUGUGAUCAUGUUGAACACUGACCAGCAUAAUCACAAUGUCCGAAAACAGAAUAUCCCCAUGACUGUCGAGCAAUUCAAGAAGAAUCUGAAGGGAGUUAAUGGGAACACCGAUUUUAAUCAGGACAUGCUGGAGGAUAUCUACAAUGCCAUUAAGAAUGACGAGAUUGUGAUGCCUGACGAGCAGAUGGGUUUAGUGAAGGAGAACUACGUGUGGAGUGUACUGCUUCACCGCGGCGCCACACCAGAGGGGAUCUUUCUUCACCUGCCGCCCGGCAGCUACGACCACGACUUGUUCACCAUGACCUGGGGCCCUACUAUCGCAGCGCUCUCCUACGUCUUUGACAAGAGUCUGGAUGACAACAUCGUCCAAAAGGCCAUUACCGGCUUUAGGAAAUGUGCCAAGAUUGCUGCUCACUAUGGAUUCAACAAUGUUUUUGACAAUUUGAUCAUCUCGCUAUGCAAGUUUACUACUCUGAGCAGUGAGUCGGUGGAAAAUCUCCCGACUGUAUUUGGGAGCAACCCAAAGGCGCAAACAGCCGCCAAGACAGUGUUUGAUCUGGCCCAUCAGCACGGCAACAUCUUGAGAGAGGGUUGGAAGAACAUCAUGGACUCCAUGCUGCAGCUGUUCAGGGCCGAGCUCCUGCCCAAAGCCAUGGUUGAGGUGGAGGAUUUCCUCGACCCAAACGGAACCAUUUCUCUUCAACGAGAGGAAACGCCUUCUAUUCGUGGGGAGUCAGCAGUGCUGAGUUUUGUCAACUGGCUGACACUGAGCGGUGCUGAGCAGUCUGGACUUCGAGGACCGUCGAUAGAAAAUCAAGAAGCCAAACAGGCCGCUAUCCUUUGCAUCAAGCAAUGUGACCCCGAGAAAAUGAUCACAGAGAGCAAGUUUCUCCAGCUGGAGUCUUUACAGGAAUUAAUGAAGGCGUUGAUAUCGGUCACCCCCGAUGAAGAGACCUACGACGAAGAGGACGCCGCCUUCUGCUUAGAGAUGUUGCUGCGUAUUGUCAUGGAAAAUCGAGACCGUGUGUCGUGUGUGUGGCAGACAGUGCGCGAGCACCUGUGUCACCUGUGCGUCCACGCUAACGAGAGCUGCUUCUUGGUCGAGAGGGCUGUCGUGGGCCUGCUUCGACUUGCCAUCCGCUUGCUACGACGUGAAGAUAUUAGCUCUCAGGUGCUGCUUUCCCUGCGUCUUCUGCUUAUGAUGAAAGCGCACGUUUUGUCCCGGGUAAGCCGAGAGGUGGCCUACGGCCUUCACGAGCUGCUCAAGACCAACGCGGCCAACAUCCACAGUACCGAGCAUUGGUACACGCUCUUCUCGUUGCUCGAAUGCAUCGGUGCCGGAGUCAAACCUCCGGCCUCCUUUCACUUUACUACCUCUGCCAGCACGGACAUUGAAACAGGUGCUCAGUCAGAUAGCGAGUUGCCGUCCCCGCAUCCGAGCGAAGUGACCUUAGAUCGUGGCUACACAUCUGACUCGGAGGUCUACGCCGAACAACACGGCAAGGCCCGAAUCCCUCGCUCGGCAACAGACGUGGACGUCGCGAGCAGUGGAUGGCUGGUGGUGGGAAAGGAGGAUUUGGAAAGCAAUAAGAGCCCGGCGGCAGUCGGCUCCAAAGCGCAACUCAAUCACCCCUUGGUGAACCAGUACAGUCUGACACUGGGUCAGGACCUCGGCCAGCACGACACCAAGUCUCUCAUCAAGUGUGUGGAAACGCUGUCGUUCGUUGUCCGUGACGCCGCCCACGUCACACCGGACAAUUUUGAGCUGUGUGUUCGAGCCAUCCGGGUCUUCGUGGAGGCCAGUCUCAACGGAGGUUACCGCAACCACGACAAGAAGAAGAGUCAUAGAUACGAUUCUGCCAAGUCUCGUUUGAGAAAGAAGGCCGGCGGCGCAAAGGAGAAAGAGAGCGGCAACGGCACAAGACGAGGCGGCGCAAGCCGGGCUUCCGGCCAUCGUCCGUCGCGUUGCCAUAGCGAUGAGGAGGAGGACGAGGGUGUCCCGGCAGGUUACCAUACGCUGUCAUUACAGGUUAGUCGGGAUCUUUUAGAUUUAAUGCACACGUUGCACACUCGGGCUGCCAGCAUCUACAGCUCUUGGGCAGAAGAACAGUGCAAUCUGGAGGCUGCUGGGAAGAAGAUUGAAGCUGACUCCCAGACACUGUGGACCAGCUGCUGGUGCCCACUGCUGCAAGGCAUUGCUUGGCUGUGCUGCGAUGCCAGACGUCAAGUGCGCAUGCAGGCCCUCAACUACCUCCAGAGGGCUUUGCUGGUACACGAUCUGCAGACGCUCAAUGCCACCGAGUGGGAGUCCUGUUUCAAUAAGGUGCUAUUUCCAUUACUAACCAAGCUGCUUAGCAACAUCAGCCCGGCCGAUGUCGGUGGGAUGGAGGAGACCAGGAUGAGAGCCUGCACUAUCCUAUCAAAGGUUUUUCUGCAGCACCUCCUCCCGUUGUUGUCCCUGCCGACCUUUGCUGCCCUGUGGCUUACCAUUCUGGAUUUCAUGGACAAGUACAUGCAUGCAGGAUCCAGUGACUUAUUGUUGGAAGCUAUCCCAGAAUCUCUGAAGAACAUGCUGCUGGUGAUGGACACGGCAGAAAUCUUCCGCAGCCCAGAUUCCAAGACAAGAUAUUCGGAUUUGUGGGAAAUAACGUGGGAACAAAUCGACUGUUUCCUCCCUCACCUGAGAGAGGAGCUCUUUAAACAGACUGUUUUACCAGGUCCUUCAGAAGCUCCGUCUGACGUGCAGCCACCAUCCUCAUCCUGCCGGCCUCCCUCACCGCAGGGCUCUGGGGUCCCUGCACUCCAACAACCGCCCUCCCCUGUCCCUGUGCCUGUCCCUGUGCCUGUGCCUGCAGAAUCCCCAACUCCCAGCCGGCCAGCAUCACCCCAAGAGACCCAAGUGUCCAAUUCCAACGGAGCAGAGCGAUCAUCUUCCCCAACGUUGCCCUCCAUGCCGGCGGCGGCGGCGGCGGCAGCAGCGCAAGCCCCUCAUGGUCAAGUGGGUGCAGCCUUGAAGCAGUCCCCACUCAUCGUCCAACCGCUGGCUUCCCCGCUGCAGGUGGGAGUCCCGCCCAUGUCGCUACCAAUCAUCCUCAACCCCGCCCUCAUUGAGGCCACGUCCCCGGUACCGCUGGGGCCGGCGGGAAGCACAUCUCACGAGGUUCAGUAGGAGCUCUGUGGGACCUCCCUCCUCCACAAGUCAGAUCCCACACUUUUGGCAGAUGAGGCUUUCUUUUGACUCCAAAUAUAGACACGAGAAGAACAAGCUCAUCACAUUUGCUACUCUGGGAAUGUUGGCGCUAUGAGUUGCUUUUCAUGUUCCAGAUUAUACUCUAAAGCCAUUGUUUGUUUUCCGACAGACAGACUUUUGGACGCUCCGCAACAGUUUAAGGAAAUGUACAUUCACACAAAAGGCUGUGUGCGUGUGUGCGUGCGUGUGCGUGGGAGGGGGCAUUCCAUUCACAUCUAUCUUUUGUGCCACUUGCGUCAUUAAAAAAAUAUGUAUCCAUCGAUUUCUAUUUUGUGGGGUCCAUCUCUUCUGUUGGACACUCCUGUAACAAUUCCAAGAAGUGACGGUGCGCUUGCGUAGGCUGGUGGAACCGUUCUAUAAAUGCCUAGCAACUUGACCAUUAUGUCGUUUGUCACCAAUGCAUUUCAACCUCCCAAAAGUUGUGAGCUUUGCUCAUGCCUCUUUGGCGUAUGUAAAUGUUGAGAUUGCAGACAGGCAGGCAGAGUCAAGUAUUUUCCAUCCUGCAUGUCAACCGGGUUGAUGUCCUUGGCAACCUCGAGUUAAGGAUUUGUUUGUCUAUUGACAGAGGCCCGGCCGGUCAAUGCGUCCUCCCCUUGCCUGCCCGGACCCCCAAAAAAACAUUUGAAAGCACCUCAUGAAGGCUUUGCUUUGCGUGCGUGCAUGUGCAGUCCUUCAGAGGAUCAACAUUCCAAUUUGGAGAUGAAUUCUGCCGAGUGCAAUAUUGUUAUGUUGUUGUGCUUUGUAUAACUUUGGGCAAUGUAGCACAGUCUAAAAUCACGAGGCCUGCAAAAGUUCAUAAUGACAACAAUGUAUCUGAAUGAUUUUUUUUAGAUUUCAAAAAUGACUUCAACUCAAUCCGGAGGAUAGAUCACAUGGUGCUUGGCCAUUUUCAUUGACUAGCUUGCUUUCAACUUGAAUUGAUAUACUUUCCGACUUGCUGAGCAAUGGAUACGUGACAUUUACUGUAGUCAUUUCUUGCUUGUGUUUUUGCAUCAUUCUGACAUUAAACAGUCACUAAGGCAGGGCAGGGCAGGGCAGGGCAGGGCACCCAGAGGUUCACUUUGCAAUCUCUUAUGUUAUUUAUUGACUUGAAAACAAAAAUCACACCACCCAGACCAAGCAGUAAAAAGAGUCUCCUAACAGUUUAAGAGAUUUUUAUUUUUUUUUAAAAACGUUGUCUGUUUAUUUUCUUGUGGAUCUGGAGCUGAUGUUUUGCUUCAAGAGGAAUCAAAUGAAUUGAAUGUGUACAUAUUAUAUCAAUGAAAGGUGAUGUACUUAUGUAGUAAAGCUCAUGUAAAUAA